AUAAAGCCGCCCGCGGGGCCGCUGCCGCCCGUCCGCCUCCCGCCGCGCCGCCACAGCCCCGCCGCCAGCCCCGCCGGAGCCGCCGCCGCCAUGGCCAUCGAUGCGUUUUUAGGCAAAUGGUGCCUCGUCUCCAGCGAGGGCUUCGAGGAGUACAUGAAGGAGCUGGGUGUGGGUAUGGCCAUGAGAAAAAUGGGAAGCAUGGCCAAACCAGAUGUUUACAUUAUUAAGGAUGGAGAUACAAUCACUGUAAAAACAGAAAGCACCUUCAAAACUUCACAGUUCAGCUUCAAGCUUGGUGAGAAGUUUGAGGAAAGUACAUUAGAUGGCAGAAAAACUCAGACGCUUAUCAACCUAAAAGAUGAUGGGUCAUUGAUCCAGGAACAGGAGUGGGAUGGCAAGAAGACCAUAAUAACACGGAAACUUGUGGAUGGACAGUUGGUGGUGGAAUGUGACAUGAAUGGUGUCAAGUGUAUUAGAGUCUACCAGAAGGCGUGAGGACGUCUUCAUAUUCAGUAGGAACUUGCUACAAACAACUCAGUUCAGUGGACAGAGCUCCUUUACACUCCAUAAUUUCCUUUUCCCUGUUUUCUAGUAUUUCAAUGGACUGAGUAGCUGAGUGCAAUCCUUUUUAAAAGCCGUGAUGUAACUAUUAUGUAACUAUUCUGAACUUAUGAGGCUAUUAAAGAAAAUUUUCAAAUAUA